CGCGCCUUCCGAGAAGCCCGCGCCUUCCGAGAAGCCCGCGUCUUCCGAGAAGCCCGAGCCUUCCGAGAAGCCCGAGCCUUCCGAGAAGCCCGAAUCUUCCGAACAGCCCGAGCCUUACAAGCAGCCCGAGCCUUACGAACAGCCCAGGCCUUCGGAAACGAUGGUGAAACAGAUAGAAAGCAAGGAAAACUUUGAUUCAACAUUGCAAACAGCUGGAGACCGUUUAGUAGUAGUUGACUUCUCAGCUACAUGGUGUGGACCAUGCAAAAUGAUCAAACCUUUCUUUCAUUCACUUGGUGAAAAGUUCCCAGAUGUGAUCUUCAUAGAAGUGGAUGUAGAUGACUGUCAGGAUGUUGCUGCGGAGUGUGAAGUGAAAUGCAUGCCAACAUUUCAGUUCUAUAAAAAGGGAAAAAAGGUGGGUGAAUUUUCUGGAGCCAAUAAGGAUAAGCUCGAAUCAACCAUUAAUGAAUUGAAAUAAUUGUGGAUCCUGUGAACAGUAAACAACUGUCAUCCGUCUAAAUUAUAUAGCUUAUAAUUUUUUUCUAUUUCCAAAAAAAGAUCAAGUGUAACAAAAGUAUGUAUCCAUAUACAAUUUGACUAUAAAUGACAAUAAAAUGUAAAUCCUACCCUUUUGAAAA